AUGUUUGACUACCCUGCAUAUUUAGAAACAUUGAACUAUUUUAAAUUGUUCUAUCUGGUUACGAGAUGGAUAAAAUCGCAGCCGGAAAUUGAUGAUGUCAAAAUGAGGACAGUGCGAAGGCGAUUGGUUCAUGCGAUAUUAAGAGUUUAUGCUCGUUCUCACGUACAAGUCAGGACAUUGAUUGUUCGAUGGGAAUCUUACGGUGAGGGGUCAGAAUUCCAUUGUAGCGAAGACGAUGCUAUGAUUCUUCUCGAUUCCGAAGUUUCUCCAUUGCUAGUAAAAACAAAGAAGCUGCAUAUUAGAACACCAGCGUUUUUUGUUAAAUUUCAUGAAAAAUUACCUGGAUCUUUUAAAAAUUUGAAAAGAAUAGAACUAAUAUUUACUGCAUGGAUGAAAGACAGAGGAGCUGACGAUGAACAUCGUCCGUUUGCUGUAAUGCUUGAACAGAAUGAAGUAGCUGAAUUGAUUGUGCAACCACCGCCAGGACUUAAUAGAUUUUUUGCUGUAAUUAAUGCUGGCAUGAUGUCACUGUCAAAGACAUUAAGACUAAUGGAGUUUCGUAGUAUUAAUUUUGCGACAUACGAAAAGCCAUUUGGAGCUUUACAAAAGUGUACGAGCAUUGAAGUGAUAGUAUUUGAUUGGUGUUACAAUGUAAUUAAUGACAUGGCUAAGGAAUUGACAUCGGCUUCGUUUCCGGUUUUAAGAUCGGUAAUAAUAAGGGAUUGCUUCAACAUGGCAGAUUUGGACGAAUGGGCAACCGAGGUCAAUGAAAAAUGCGGGGGUAAAUUAGCACUUACUGAAGAGCCAAAAUCAAAGAUCAACGAACCAGUCACUCAUACAAGUUACCCAUCACAGACAAUUACAUAG